CGAGAGCCCGUCCCCCCACACGGUGAAACAUGUGGCUGAGCCGGCACAGUUUUGUGAAAUUAUCGGGACUUCUGUUGGCAACAUUGUUUUCUUGGUACUUGGGAUACUUUCUCAGUGCUCUUGUAUCUGAAGAGGUUCUGUCAGCAUCUAUCACUAAUCUUCAAGAUAUUGGAAAGAAACCAGUGAUAAGGGCCCCAGCGCCCAAAAGGCAGAAGUGUGACCACUGGUCUCCCUGCGCACCCGGGAGCUACGCCUAUCGAGUCCUUAGUGGGGGGGGCAAGGAAAAGCUGGCGAAAAUUUGUUUUGAGGAUGAGCUGCUCAUAAGUGAAGCAAAGGGUAAUGUUGGAAGAGGUAUAAACAUUGCCAUUGUGAAUUAUAAAACAGGAGAAGUUGUAGCAACAAAUUUUUUUGACAUGUGGGAUGGAGACCACUCUGCAGAGAUGGUGGCUUUCAUUGAAAAUGCACCACAGGGAUCCCUGCUUUUCAUGGUGACCCAUGAUGAUGGAAGCACCCGGUUGAAGAAUGAUGCCAAACAAGUAGUAGAAAAGCUGGGAAGUAAAGAAAUAAAGAAUAUGAAGUUUAGGUCAAGCUGGGCCUUUGUAGCUGCCAAAGGCUUCAAGCUGCCAGAUAAUAUCCAAAAAGAAAAGAUAAACCACUCUGACAAGAAUAACAGGUACGGUGGCUGGCCAGCUGAAAUCCAGAUAGAAGGCUGUAUCCCAAGAAACCUGAUCUGAACAAAYGAAUACCUUAGUUAUAAAGGCAGUUUUGUAUUUUUAUACAUAUGAUGCUAGUAGGUUGCCUCCUGAAACCUAUAAGCGUCUUAACAGUAAUUGUAAAAUAAGUCRUAUGUACUGUUUUUAAGCAUUCUUUCUUCACAGGUUUUACUCUGAUCUAAAAACAAAUAGAUAUUUUGUGGCAAUAUUCCAUUUUGGAAUUCCAGCAUUCAGGA